AUGCUUGAAGAUGGAAAGAAAUUUGACUCCUCUAGAGAAAGAAACAAGCCUUUUAAGUUUACAUUAGGCAAGCAGGAGGUGAUCCGAGGCCGGGAAGAAGGGGUAGCUCAGAUGAGUGUGGGUCAGAAAGCCAAACUGGCAAGCUCCUCAGACUAUGCCUAUGGAGCCAACGGUCACCCAGGAGUCAUCCCACCGCAUGCCACUCUUGAUUUUAUUAUGGAGCUCCAAAAAGUGGAAUGA